UCAAAUCGUGAACAAUAGUAUACUGGAGUGCUCAGAGCCGGAUCACUAUCACAUAUAUAAACAUUCCCUAGAUCGCAUGUGUAUCGCCGCGGUUCUUCAAAAUGUCACUGUAUCGGCCGGCAAGAAAAAUUGCACGUGUACCAUCGUCAUUGAUGUCACACACACGUAAAAGUUCAGCAGCGUCUGUUGUACAGCCUAAUACAGCAAAAUGCCCAUUUGCCGCUGCUCUACCCAUUCACGAUCCAGAUAUUGCCUUCCCUUCCAUGGCCAGCGACAGUGCUAUCAAGCCUUUUGAGGAAAUGCCUAGUCCAAGAGGCAUUUAUGGUAUCCCCUAUUUAGGAACAGCUCUACAACAAUAUCCAUUCACUAAGUACCGUACAGAACGUUUUGACGAGAGGGCGGAAGAAUGGCGCAGGGAAUUUGGCGAUAUUUGUAGAGUUCGAUUGCCAAGCGAGUGGAACGUGUUCGUAUUUGAUCCCUGUGACGUUGAAACAACUUUUAGGGCCGACAGCAAGUACCCCUUCCGUCGGUCAUUGCCGCUGUUUGAUGUUUACAACAACAGCAGGAACAGAGAAUCUACCAUAGGAGAACGUAACGGCAAGAAUUGGUGGGAGUUGAGGAGUCCAGCUCAGAAGGGCAUCGGUCGGCCUAAAACCCUGUCAAAACUUUUACCCAAACUGAGUGUGGUAGCAGAUGACUUUGUAAAUAACUGUAGAGAGACAGGCAGACUCGAAAACCUUCCAUACCCAUUCUUUGAGUACGCAUCAGAGGGAGCAGGAUUACUGUGCUUCAACAAAAGACUUGGUAUCGUAUCAUCGCCAGGUUCACCAGUUAACAGAGAGUUUAUGGAGUUUGUGGAUAACUACUUUGACUACUUCGGAGAACAACUGCUAGCGCCAAUUCACUGGUUCAAAUGGUUCAGAACCCCUGGCUAUCGCAAAUUCGAAAAUGCGUCUGAUAUUUUAAUGAGUUACACAGACAAGCAUACAGAAAUAGCAGUAAAAAAUCUAAAAAAAACACCGGACUCGAAUGAAUUCAACCUACUUCACUUCCUACUAACGACUCCGGGUAUGACACCAGCUAAGGUAUCGUCCCUAAUCGUCGACGUUUUCCGGGGAGGUAUUGAUUCCACGGCAAAUGCAAUGACCUUCAUGCUUUAUCACCUUGCAAAAUAUCCUGAUAUACAAGAAAAAUUGUAUGAGGAGUUAGCUCCACGGAUACCGGCAGAAGGCCCUAUUGGUCAGGAUGGCUUCAAGGAUCUGCAUUACCUGAAGGCUUGUCUUAAGGAAUCAUUCAGAUUCGUUUAUCCCGUGAUCAUGGGUACCCAGAGAGUGUUGGACAGAGAUGUUGUGCUUUCUAACUACGCAGUUCCGGCGGGGACAACAAUCAAUCUGUGUAUAACUUCAAUGUGCAAAAAUGAAAAGUAUUUCGCUAAUCCGGACAAGUUCUUGCCUGAACGUUGGUUGAGGAGUAACCCAUACCGGGAAAAAUCCCAUCCAUUCGCACACAUUCCAUUUGGAUACGGAACACGGAACUGUGUAGGACAGAGAUUCGCGGAGCAGGAGAUAUACGUCAGUGUUUCUAAAAUUGUAAAAAACUUCAAGAUAUCCCUUCCGAAGGGUCAGGAUGAUGUGCAAUUUGUCUACUCAACCUUCGCUACUCCUAAACAUAAGUUCACACUGAAUUUGAAGCCCCGAUGAGCCGGCGAUUGCAAUGAUAGAUUGUCCAACCGUUCAGGAAUUGCCUGUCACGAGAGAUGCCGAUGUCAGGUCAGGGAUACCUUCAAUAGGUGGUGUCUAAGGUGUUAGAACUGGAAACUGGACAGCGACCGUACUAUUGAUUAUUGUAGUUAUGUCAGUUGUUUGAAUGAUAUUUACUGAUGCGUUUUUGUGAUAAUUUGUAUCUAUUAGCGACGCUGACGUCAGUAGUAAUAUUGAUCAACUGUGUGACGUGCCUAAUCAGUGUACAUGGAAGUGCUGUACUUUAAAUGUGUGACGUACCGAAUUAGCGUACUUGUAACAAUUAUACUUAACUGUGAUCAUUAACAAAAUAGCGUCACUGUGAUAUGUAGCUUGAGAGUCACCUUCCUGAGUACACACGAGUAGUUCAUGUCAAGUUCAUGACGAUACCAUACUACAUAUGAAAUGCUUGUAUACUUUAUACACGCUCACAUGUAACUAGGGUGUAUGAUGUGUUGUGUACUGAUAUUCGCUCUCACAAGUUGGCCCGCAUGGUGACGGGUAAAAAAUGUGAAAAUUGAAAUUCAGCGAAAAAUUCCCAGUGUUUGUUAUACGCAUGACAAUUUAUAACAUAUAUGUUUCCUGUCUAUCUGCGACUCGAACUCCCCGACACCAUAUAUAUCUAGCCGAGAUGUAUCCACACUUCUGACCGUCAUACCAAUACAAAAUCCAUCUACUGAGCUAGGCGAUGUGUCGUGUACACUAGUGUAAGUCGAUUGGAAGGUUUAAGAUAUGAACUACCUGUCGUAGUUGUACUUUGGUUUGAUUUGUUUGACGUCCUUUUAAUAGCUAAUGUCAGUUAAGUACGUGCCUCCUUGCGUGUAUGUGUGCCGGAGACAGGGUAUGUCAGUGUACGUGCCUCCUUGCGUGUAUGUGUGCCGGAGACAGGGUAUGUUAGUGUACUUGCCUCCUUGUGAUGACGCGGAUCGGGUACCGACUUUAUAGUGAUAUUUCACUGAAAAAACAUGCCGAAAGCACCCAUCACAAAACUCCGCCCGGUCACAUUAUACUGAUAACGGUUGAACCAGUUGUUGCCAUUAUCCUAAAUGCUGAACGUUAAGAAGGGAGUAACAACUACCAUUUUGAAGGGCUUUGGAAUGUACCGGCCUUGGAACAGAACCCUUUGCCUUCCUCACCUGGGCGAACGCUCAACAUUAAAGCCAGCAGUAAGGUAUUGCCAAGCAAGACGCUAGGAAAUGAAAGGUA